GUUACUGGCGGAAACUAGGCAAGCAGACGACUUCCUGUUCCGCCAUCGGGAUGCGAUUUAUAAGUACGUUUGAUUCAUUUUUAAACCAAUUUCUCUCGUCUUUCUUCACAACCGAAUAUUCCUUUCAUAUGUUGACGCAGCCACUUUACCUGUCCAGACAAGCCUGAGGACGUUCCUACCUUGAUUUACAAGAUGUGGUGGAACAUUUUCAUUAAUAUCUUCAAUAUUAUUGUUUCCAUUACUCAACUAAGAUGAAGAUGUCAAGGCAAAACUUCACUGUGAGAAUUCCUGCGAGGAAUCAGUUUGAUUUCUCUUUGAUAACAUUCUAUUUAAUCAACUCUUUGCUCUAGUUGUGACGUUCUUCCACACACACACACACCCCUCUGUGUAGGCUCUAGCUAGUCAUGCUUGUAAACAGAAAGACAAGUUUCCGAGAAAACAUGGCACUAUCUGAUUACGGACCAGACGAAAAUGUCAAUGAUACCACAGAUAUCGACUGGGUGAAAAAAGCUUGGGUUCGACGAAUGUUUCGCGUUUGUGCCCUAAUUAGUAUGAUAUCUGUUAGUAUGAACACCCCUAAGACAUUUGAAUAUCAACCAAAAUUAAAAUAUGUCACCUUCAUCACAGAUUUACUUAUUACAUUUCUGUUUACAACAGAGAUGAUAGCUGAAAUGCAUAUACGAGGCAUUGUCAAGGGAGAAGUUCCUUAUUUAAAAGACCGGUGGUGCCAGUUUGAUGGUUUUAUGGUUCUUUGUCUUUGGUUAUCAGUUAUGUUACAGAUAUUUGAAAUGCGAGAAAUAAGUUCAGACUAUGCUUUCUUGUCCCUAUUAAGAUGUCCUCGACCUCUCAUCCUAGUUCGCGUGUUCAGAGUCUUCCUCAAAUUUCAGUUACCCAAAACAAGAAUUAACUCAAUUUUUAAGCGUUCAGGUCAACAGAUCUAUAAUGUGACUAUGUUUUUCCUGUUCUUUAUGUCUCUUUAUGGUAUACUCGGAGUUCAGUUCUUUGGAGAAAUGAAACACCAUUGUGUCAUCAAUGGAACUGAUCCCAAAAAUGUGUCUUUGGAGUCGUUUGCAAUUCCUGAUACGUUCUGUUCCCCUGAUCGGGGAUCAGGCUACCAAUGUCCCUUAGGAAUGGAGUGUAUAGCUUUGCAGCUCAAUCGCAAGCAAAGUGGUUUUGAUGGCUUUGAUAUGUUUGCUAUGAGUUUCUUCACUGUGUACAAAUCUGCAUCUCAAGAAGGCUGGGUCUUUCUUAUGUAUGAUACUGUUGAUAGUUUACCUUCCUGGCGGUCACCCCUCUAUUUCAUAUCACUCAUUUUCUUUCUUGCUUGGCUGGUAAAGAAUGUUUUUAUAGCUGUGAUAAUUGAAACUUUUGCUGAAAUAAGGGUUCAAUUUCAAACUAUGUGGGGACCUAGAGGCAGUGAUGCUAAUUCGGACUCAUCUCAGGUUAUUCAAAGUGAUGGUGUUACGUGGAAACUUGUUUUUAUUGACGAAGACAAGGCUCAAGGCCGAGCACCUCCCAUAUUCCAAAAGAUCCUACGUUCCAAUGUCUUCCACAUCUCGUUGCUGUUGUUGGUAAUGCUAAAUGCUUUCACCGCUGCCAGCUUAACAUUUGACCAUAAUAAGACAAAUCCAAACACUAAACUGGAUGGAUUUUAUUAUGCUGAGGUUGUGUUUACUGCACUCUUUGAUCUGGAAGCAUUAUUCAAAAUCUGGUGUCUUGGUUUCCAAGGAUACCUCAAGCGAUCAGUGCACAAAUUUGAACUUCUGCUUGCUGUAGGUACCACAUUGCACAUCAUUCCCAGACUUUACCGCUCCCAGCUCACAUAUUUUCAGGUUCUUCGAGUUGUUCGUCUCAUAAAAGCAUCUCCAGUUCUUGAAGACUUCUGUUGGAAGAUCUUUGGUCCUGGCAAAAAACUGGGCAGCUUGAUCUUGUUCACCAUGUGCCUGCUCAUCAUAGCUUCCAGCAUCAGUUUACAGUUGUUCUGUAUCAUUACUAACAAUAAAAAGUUUGAUACAUUCCCUCAUGCCCUAGUGACCAUGUUUCAAAUCCUCACUCAAGAAGGCUGGAUUGAAGUUGUAGAUGACCUCAUGGACAAAGUAGAAUCCUUCCAUGUGAUCAUACUUAUUUUAGUUGCUUCCUAUUUUGUACUCUUCCAUCUUUUUGUCUCGUUGAUUGUAAUCAGUUUGUUUGUUGCCGUUAUUCUCGAUAAUUUGGAAUUGGAUGAAGACAUAAAAAAACUGAAGCAGCACAAAGCCCGCGAACAAAUCGCUGACAUACAGCAAAAGCUACCCCUUCGCCUGCGCAUCUUCACAAAGUUUUCUGACCAUCCACAGAUGGUACGGUUGUAUCGUAUCCCUGGGGAUUUCCUCCUGGCUGACAUCCGAGAGAGUUUCAUGCGUCAGUUUGUAAAUGAAGAACAUACAAGCGGGCUGAAAAACUUGGUCGUCGAUAGACACAACUCUCAUGACAUGAGUUUGUUCAUGAAGUCAUCCCCCAUGAGACUGAUCAAAUCUAUGUCACAUGCAGCACGUGGAGCUGGUAUGAUGGAGAAGAAAGCAGGGAUCCAUUCUAUAAUGAGGGAUUCAAACCAGCAGCGUAUCAUGUCAGGAGAUUCCACUCAAAUGAUUUGGUCAAAAUCUCUUCUCUCACAACAACAUCAGAUCCGACUGGAUCGCAGGAGUUUCCGUGCUGGAUCCCGUCCCAGUAGUCUGAAGAUGAAAUCUUCCACAAUGAAAGAGAAUGGUGACAUUCAUGGCGUAACACUGACUUCAUCCCGUCGUACUGAAGAUUUUGAUAUCAAAGUGUGGCAACAGAGAAAGCAACAAGCGGAAUUCAAACGGAGCCAACAGGAAGAAGAACUGCGAGAGAAUCAUCCUUACUUUGAUACUCCACUCUUUGCAGUUGGUCGAGAAUCAAGGUUCCGCAGGUUCUGCCAAAUGGUCGUCAAUGCUAGAUACAAAUACAUGUUAAAAGAUCCUGUUACUGGCAAAGAAAUAAUCAGCAGAUCUAAACGUCUACAUAAACUACUUGGUCUUGUCACUUACCUUGAUUGGAUGAUGAUUAUUGUCACAGUAUUGUCUUGUAUUUCAAUGAUUCUUGAGACUCCAAAUUACCGAGUGGAGAAUGAGCCAAAACUUCAGUUUGCUGAAUAUAUAUUUGUCAUGUGUAUGAGUAUUGAAAUGCUGCUGAAGAUUUUAGCAUCUGGCUUUUUCUUCACUCCAAAAGCUGUUGUCAGAGAUUUUAGUGGUGUUUUAGACCUUUUUAUAUACACUACAAGUUUAUUAUUUCUAAUUUGGAUGCCAAAAAAUGUUCAAGCCCAGUCCGGUGCUCAAGUUCUCAUGAUCCUCCGGUGCCUACGUCCUCUUCGAAUUUUUAAUUUAGUCCCUCACAUGAGAAAAGUUGUUUAUGAAUUAGUACGGGGCUUUAAAGAAAUUCUCAUGGUAUCUAUACUUCUGAUUCUACUAAUGUUUGUAUUUGCAACAUUUGGUGUCCAUCUGUAUGGAGGUCGUUUGGCACGUUGCAAUGAUCCAAAUAUCACAAAAAGAGACGAUUGUAAAGGUGUAUUUAUGACCCAAGUCUAUGUUACUAAAAUGAAAAUCCUUGAAGAUAAUGAUAACUCAACAAGACCAGGUUACUUUGUGCCAAGAGUAUGGGCGAAUCCACGAAAUUUCAACUUUGAUAAUAUUGGCAAUGCAAUGCUAGCACUAUUUGAAGUUCUGUCUCUUGAGGGAUGGUUAGAAAUUCGAGACGUCAUUGUGGAACAAGUAGGCUGGGUUCAUGCCAUUUACAUUCAUGUGUUUGUCUUCAUUGGUUAUAUGAUAGGACUUACACUCUUUGUUGGAGUAGUCAUUGCUAACUAUAGUGAAAACAAGGGAACUGCACUGCUAACUGUGGAUCAGAGGCGUUGGUUGGAUUUGAAGGGCAGAAUCAAGCUUGCUCACCCACUACAUAUUCCUCCGAGACCAGAUGGCAAUGGUUUCCGUGCUUUAAUGUACGAUAUCACCCAACACAUAUUUUUCAAAAGGGCUGUGGCAAUUUUAGUUUUGGCUAAUUGUAGUUUACUAUCUGUUCCAUGGUUGAAAAAUGACCACAAAACAUUUGUACUUGCAAGCAUCUCGACUGUGUUCACACUUCUCUUUUUAUGUGAGGUUAUUAUGAAGAUGAUUGCUCUAACCCCCAAUGGCUACUGGACAAGUCAUCGGAAUCGGUUUGACAUGUUGGUCACUUUCCUUGGAGUUAUAUGGAUUGUCUUACACUUCACUGUUCGGAAUGUUGGCAGUAAUACAUAUGGUUAUGUCAUCAUUGUUUUACGGUUUUUCACAAUCACAGGGAAACACGCAACACUCACCAUGCUAAUGCAGACAGUUGUUAUGUCCGUUUUAAAGAGCUUUUUCAUCAUCACUGGAAUGUUUUUGUUAAUGCUGUUCUAUGCCUAUGCUGGUGUCAUCUUGUUUGGCAAUGUUAAAUAUGGGUACAAUUUGGGAAGACAUGCAAAUUUCAAGACAGCUCCAAAUGCCAUUGCUUUGUUGUUCCGUAUUGUUACUGGCGAAGACUGGAACAAGAUUAUGCAUGAUUGUAUGAUCAGCCCUCCAUUUUGUUCCAUUAAGCAGGAUGGCUGGAAGACCGACUGUGGAAAUUUCACUGCUUCCCUCAUGUACUUUUGCUCUUUCUACAUCAUCAUUACAUACAUUGUGUUAAAUUUAUUGGUUGCUAUUAUUAUGGAGAAUUUUUCAUUAUUUUAUUCGAAUGAAGAAGAUGCUUUACUCAGUUAUAACGACAUCCGACAGUUUCAGAACACCUGGAAUUUAGUAGAUAUCAACCGAAAGGGUGUCAUACCUGCCAGAAGAGUGAAGUUCUUGUUACGUCUUUUACGAGGUCGACUUGAGGUAGAUUUAGAAAAAGACCGUCUACUGUUUAAACAUAUGUGCUACGAGAUUGAAAAACUUUACAAUGGAGGCGAUGUUACAUUCCACGAUGUACUCAGCAUGUUGUCAUAUCGUUCAAUGGACAUCCGGAAAAGUCUACAGCUUGAAGAAUUACUUAACCGAGAAGAACUGGAAUAUACCAUAGAAGAAGAAGUUGCUAAGUUAACCAUCCGUAAUUGGUUAGAUAAAUGUUUAAAAAGAAUACGAGCAAAAGAACAUUCGAACAUCAUCCCCAAAUUACGUGCUAUGAACGACCCCCUCUUCCCUGUGGCUGAGUUGGUAUCAAGUGCAGUGGAAAGCAGUGAAGAGAGCAAAGAAGAAAAUGUCCCAGCAGUGACACGGUGUCGAAAGAAAGGUCAAGUUGAACUUCGUAAUCCAAUUUUGACAACCCAGGGAUCUAUAACUCAGAGUAAGGGCCCUCCUAGUCGAAAGCUUUUGGUUCCUGCCCUCAGUGAUAGUGCAGUCAUCCAUUCAGAGAAGGAAAGAGGUGGUUCAAAAAAGAGGAGUAUGGCAGCAGGUGUCAAAAGCCUUCCUAACGUAGCAGAGGGUGAAAGUAUAACUAUCAAAACUGCUCAGGAAAGAGUGCCUGAAUACAUUUUACGCGGUCGAAGUGUAGACUCCAGUGUUAGCGGUUGGUGGAAAGAACAGUGUAAUGUCUCCAGUGAUUCAGACCUAGACUAAAAAACACACGAAUACACACAUACGCAUACACACGCACACAUACACACAGAGGAUUAAUUGACAAUAUCUUUGUGCGGUUGGUUGUUUUUUUGUUUUUUUUUUUCGUUUCUUUUUUUUUUUUAUUACCAAAGUAUGGCUUGAACCGACGACCAGGAAUUCACUCUGUCACUUGUGUGUUUCUGAAUUGCAUGAAAGGAAAGACUAUUUAUAUGAUUGGCAGGUGUGACAGGCAGCAGCAGAUUACUGUUGAGUCUUUUUUUUUUCUUUUUUUGUUGGUUUUUUUUUCUUUUUUGCUGCUGUCUCUAUUAGUAACUGGCUGUCCAGUGCACGACUUAAAGAACAUCUAUAGCACAGCCCAAAGCUGGUUACUAGAGGGACCUGAAAAUUUUCAAUUCAAAAUGGAGUGAAUCCUGGUUAAAAUUUUUUUAUUCCCUGACAAAAAAAAGACCAAUAUUUUUAUAACUUUUUUAAGGAAACUUGUGCAAAAGAAACCAAAAAAAAAAUAUUAAAUAGAAAGCAAGAGAGAGAGAAAGAGAGAGAGUGUGUGGUGUGUGUGAGAGAGAGAGAGAAAGAGGAAGAGAAAAAGAGAGGGAGGGAGGGAAAAAUCUCAAGAAAAAGAACAACAAAGGACCCACCCCACUUUCUGUUCCACCCCCUCCUGCUUCUCCAGCCCCCACCGUCUUCCCCCCUUCCCCACCCCCUAACAGAAUGCUUCCUUGAUUAUUUAAUGUGUUUGGAGGUUGUUUCAUUUUUUUCCUUUCCUUUUAUGCCCUCCACCCCCACCCUGGUGUGCUUAGCUGUGAUUAGGACUGUUCAUACAAUAUUCAUGCUGUUGUUGUUAUUGUUGUUGUUACUGAAUGAGGGCAGUGGAUUGGCAGAUUUAGCGGAGCAUCUAUGUUGCAGUAUUCGUUCCUGCUCCUUUAUGUUCCGAGUUCAAAUCCCCACCAAGUCCAACCUUAUUUUCCAUCCUUUCAGGGUCAAUAAAUAAAGUACCAGUCAAGUACUGGGGGUAAGUUUAAUUGACUAUAGCCCCUUCCCCCCAAAAUAUCAGGCUUUGUGCCUCGUUAGCAUGCUAGGCAAAAUGCUUAGCAGCAUCUCAUCCAUCUGAGUUCAAAUUCCACAGAGGUUGACUUUGACUUUCAUCCUUUUGGGAUUCAUGAAAUAAGUUGCAAUUAAGCACUGGGGACAAUGUAAUCAACUAACUCCCUCCCUUGUGCCUAUAGAAGAAUGGAUUAUUAUUAUUAAUGAGUUAGCAGAAAUGUUAACGAACUAAAAUGAACUCUUUGUGGUACUUUUAAUUGUUUAGCAUUCAGAUUACUCUUUAGCAAAUACGUUUGUUUAUUCAUUUUGUUUUGAAUUAAUCAUACAUUAAUUAUCCCAUAGCUUUGAUAUUUUGAUGAUGUGAUUGAUUAUUUUUAGAAAGACAUCAGGUAAAUAUGAGAGACCAGAUCUGUCCGGUUUGGACAUAAAACAGGUAGAAUAUUCCGGCCGGAUAUGGCCAGUUUUCAUACUGAAGGGUUAAGUAAGUCCUUCUAUAUUCUGAAUUGAAUCCUGCCAAGGUUGAAUUUACCUUUCUGUGUCCCUUGGGGAGGGGCAAAAAAAUGGGUACCUGGUUCAACCUUACUUUUCAUCCUUUCAGGGUCAAUAAAUAAGUAUCGGUCAAGUACUGGGAUCAGUUUAAUCAACUAGCCCCUUCCCCCAAAAUUUCAGGCUUUGGGCCUCAUUAGCAUGCCAGAGAGAAUGCUUAGCAGCAUUUCUCCAAAAAUGACCCUCCCUCCCAUCUUUAUCUACAAAAUGUGCAGCUUCGUGCCAAUGUAAGAAGUCAGCAGCAUCAUUGUUAAUAUUAUUAUUACAACAACCAUUAUUGUUAUUGUUGCUGUUAUCAUCAUCAUCAUGAUCAUUAUUAUUAUUAUCAUCAUCAUUGCCAUGGCCAAGUGGUCAUCAGAACCUCAGAAUCCAUCAUCUAAAUCUGUGUUACUUCUGUUCUUCACCCACAGAGUUCUUACACUGAGGGAUAGCUGUGAACGUUUGACGCUUCACUCUGUAACCAUUGAGAUGUAACUGUAAAUUGAACCACUCUUGUAUACCACGUUACCAUCAGGAUGGUAGCAAUGGUUUUUUACUUUCACCACUAGGUAACAUUUCAGUUCUGUUCUUUGUACUUAAUCAAGUGAACCCUUUUCAGUGGAUCUUUCAUGAUCAUACUGUGAUAUACUAGUGUACACUAAACACAAAUAACUACCUACCUACACACGUGCAUUCACACACACACACACACACUUAGCAUAAGUUUCAUAACAGUUUGUUCAUACACAAACACACACACAUGUAUGUUUAUUUAUUUCCCAUCUAACACUAACAUAAGAUGGCAACACAUGUCCUUAUGUGUUCUUCUUACUGUUGUUAACAACUCCUGUCUUUAGUAAUUUAUGUUAAAUAAUACACCAAAAUAUUUUCUGAUACAUACACCACGAAAAAAAACAAAAGACGAAGACAGGUGGUGUACAAAA